AUGUUGCUUGGCAUGCACAAAGAGAAGCAGUUAUGUACUCUUAUCCACACAAUGAUAAUGCAACUUCUGAUUGCACCCACUAAAGGUAACGAUGAGGAUCAAGAUUGGACAACUCUUUUUCAACAUGAUCUAUAUCCUGGAAAGAAAAUGAGCUUAGGCUUUAACAAGCAUUCUAAUCGGCAAUCGUUACGAUCAAAGGCAGGCCAGCCUUUGGGAACAUGGAUAUGGAGUGAAAUACAUAGUCUUAGUAGCUAUUGUACAAAUCCGACAUCUAUAAGAGAAGAGAAGUAUUGUGCGCCGUCUUUAAAAUCGAUGAUGGAUUUUUCCAUAUCAAAGCUUGGAAAAAAUAUUAAGGUGAUUUCGAGUUACUUUGCGCAAAAUCAAGACCAAUAUGUGAUAGAAGAAGUAAACAAAAUCGGAGACAAUACAGUGAUGUGGCAUAGGUUAAAUUUGGAAAAAGUUGUAUUUUAUUGUCACCAAGUCAAUAUGACAACGGCUUAUAUGGUUCCAUUGGUUGCCUCGGAUGGAACUAAAGCGAAGGCAUUGACAAUAUGUCACCAUGACACAAGAGGUAUGGAUCCUAAGAUUGCACCCAUUAAAGGUGACGAUGAGGAUCAAGAUUGGACAACUUUUUUUCAACAUGAUCUAUAUCCUGGAAAGAAAAUGAGCUUAGGCAUUAACAAGCAUUCUAAUCGGCAAUCGUUACGAUCAAAGGCAGGCCAGCCUUUGGGAACAUGGAUAUGGAGUGAAAUACAUAGUCUUAGUAGCUAUUGUACAAAUCCGACAGCUAUAAGAGAAGAGAAGUAUUGUGCGCCGUCUUUAAAAUCGAUGAUGGAUUUUGCCAUAUCAAAGCUUGGAAAAAAUAAUAAGGUUAUUUUGAGUUACUUUCCGCAAAAUCAAGACCAAUAUGUGAUAGAAGAAGUAAACAAAAUCGGAGACAAUACAGUGAUGUGUCAUAGGUUAAAUUUGGAAAAUGUUGUAUUUUAUUGUCACCAAGUCAAUGCAACAACGGCUUAUAUGGUUCCAUUGGUGGCCUCGGAUGGAAUUAAAGCAAAGGCAUUGACAAUCUGUCACCAUGACACAAGAGGUAUGGAUCCUAAGGUGCUUUAUGAAGUUUUAAAUGUUAAGCCCGGGACAAUUCCGAUUUGUCAUUUUGUUAGAAAUAAGGCUAUUGCUUGGGUGCCUAAUCAUGAUGGAAGUGACCAUGAUAAUAACCAUCCCUAUGUUCAACAAUUGAAUAAGGAAUAA